AUGGUGUCCAAAGCAAUCAACCUCACGCUUCGAGCGGUCGAGUUCGCCUUCAUAAUCAUCAUCAUGGGCCUCAUUGGCAACGUCAUUGCCACCGCCUUCGCCGGCAACCCCUCAUUGAUCAAUUACGAUAUGUUUGUUGCGGCCUUUGGCAUGUUCUCGUUAUUCUACCUGAUAUUGGUCGCCUUCAACGACUCGUUCAUGGGCCAUCCCAUCUUCCCUAUUAUUGUCGAUCUCCUCAACGUCAUUUUCCUUUUCUGCGCCGCCAUCGCCAUGGCUGCCGAGCUCCAUGUGCAUUCCUGCAGUAACAAUAACUACACCCUCCACAACCACCUCACGAACGGCGCCAACGACAGGGAAGGCCGAUGUCGAGAAGAGCAGGCAGCGACCGCCUUCCUGUGGUUUACGUGGGCAGCCUGGAUGGCCAGCUUGUUCUUCUCCGUUCUUGAUGCUCGCAGUGGCGGUGUCAACCUGAGAGGCCCUGUCCGUUCUAGAGGUGCGCGCCCAGCAAUGUCUCAGGUGUAA